AUGUUGCACUCAGGCCCGCCCUUAAAUCCCUCACAUCAUCAUCACCCUUCCAUUCAACCACAGCCUUCUUCCUCACAAUCUCAAACGCAACAACCACCACCCUCUCUGACAACGAUACCUCCCAUGACAUAUCAGCAAAUGUUCGAGUUGUAUCAUUAUUUGAAUGCUCAACUCUCAAAUCCGAGCGCGCUAUCUUUCAAUCCCAGUAGUAAUAACAAUAAUCAUCUUCAUACGAGUCCAUUUCUUUCAUCGACCUUAAUACAUGCUCCUUCUGUUCCAUCUCAAGCUUUCCUAUCUAGCGGGGCCUCCUCGAUGACUCCCCAGUCUUCCCUUCCCGACAACCCGAUGCCCCAACCAACAUCCAACAGUUUCCAAAUGCACCCUCACUUCCAACCAGCCAUAUCUGAUGAUACCAUUGCACUCUACCAAGAUAUUGAUCAUUUGUAUCAAGAAAUGGAGGGUCUUAUUAACUUUAAAAACAAACAAAAAGAAAUUAACAAAGCCAUUGAAACGAUUAUAAAAGAAAAAUUUACCCAACAAAAGAAGGCGGAAUUGGAAAAGAAACUGAAAAAAGAAUUACUGAAGAGGUACAAAAAUCCAACAAGAAAACAACAUGAAGCGGCAGCAAAAAUUCAGAGAUGGUUUCGUGAAAUAGCCUCACGAAAUAAGGAUAAACUCAUCCGAUCAUUAAGAUGUGAGAUUGAGAGUCUCAAAUAUCAACUUCAAAUGAUUCGGGUGGAACAACAAACAUGCAUUCAGCUAGUACGAUUACUGUUUGAGCAGGUACAGUUUCUUUCUUUGGAAGAUAGAUGUUAG